AUGUUUCAAAGUAACCCUUUCAAAGUCCUCUUCAGUGACGAGGAAAUUAAUGGCUCAGCGGUGAUGCAAAUGUCAACAGACGAGUCAUUCUCGACAGUCCCGGUUUCACGAAAGGCUCUAGAAAGUCAUGCCUCACUUGAUUCAUCUAUUCAUUUUCCACCAUUGUCGGGGUAUAUACCGUCCACUUCCAUAGAGGAGUGGACAACCAUCCCGAAACCUGAUAACCAGGAAAGGAGCUGCAAGAACCUGUCGCCAUCUAUCUCGACACCACAGCCAAAAAUCUCGCAAUCGGAGGUCAGAGAUCUUGAGCCCAAAGCCCGGUCGAAUGAAAAAGCAGUGAUUUACUCGAAUUCACACAAACGCCCCAACUCCACGCUCCAAGACCAAAGCAAUGUCGCCAACAAGUUCCACAGCAAUAGAAUACGGAAGUACGUUGAAUGGCUCCUUAAAAAACGUGGAAAAGGUUCUUGGAUUGAUUGCCCAGAGAUUCCGACUGCAAAAGAGCUUAUGGACGAAAAUGAGCCGUGGAUGAAGCUAAGGACUCUAGAGAAUGGCAGCGAGGAAGUAGUUAUGGAGGGUAACAGACUGCAUGGGGGCUGGCCUGAUGUGGAGACAUAUCUAGGUGCCCACUAUGGCAUGCUGAGAGAGGAAACUGUGCAGCCACUUCGUCAAGCAAUCGCUUGGAUCAAAGCCUUCCCUACUGCUUCCGAAGACAUUAGCCCGUACGGUAGUAUCGGAAUUUACUCCAAGGUUCAUAUCACAGCAAUCACAUUCUCACCUCGUGGCCUCGCCAUACGAGUGGUGUUCUCCCUUAGCAAGGUUGGGAAGAAAAUACGUUGGGAGCAGUCGAAGCGUUUGCUUGCGGGGUCACUCGUUGCGCUCACUCCGAGCAGUGAUAUAUUCAAGACGAAGUGUAUUGUAGCUACAGUGGCCGCACGUCCACUUGAUAUGUUGACUAGUCAAGACCUGCCACCCAUGGUGGACUUGUUCUUGGCAGACACUACCUUAAUUGACUUGGACCCUACCAUCGAGUAUACUAUGGUCGAGGAUCGUACAAGCUUCUUCGAAGCUGUUCGUCACAUAGCCAUCAGCCUGCAACGACUGACAAUAGAAGAAUUUCCACUGAAGCAGCACAUCGUACACAUUGAUCCACACAUCACAGCGCCAGAAUACAUAAAAAAGCGACCUGCACUUGAUUUAAGCGUGAUAUUUCAGGGCGAGAGAGAAGAUGACUAUCGCAACGUAGACGUUCUCCGUGACUGGCCAAAAACUCCUAUAACUUCAUUGGAUAAGUCCCAGCUUAAUGCCUUGCAUUCAAUGUUCAAACAGAGACUUGCGCUUAUCCAAGGCCCUCCUGGCACCGGCAAGACUUACGUCUCUGUUAUGGCUCUCAAGGGUUUCAUCAAGAAUAUGACUCCGGAUGAUCCACCCAUUGUUGUUGCCUGCCAGACAAACCAUGCUCUUGAUCAGCUUCUAAGGCACGUUGCAGAAUUUGAAGAAGCCUUUGUUCGCCUUGGUGGACGUUCUAAAGAUACUGGUAUCGUAAAGCAACGAACCCUGUAUCACCUACGACAAAAAAAAGAGAAUCGCUAUAAAGCACCAAGCGGCAUGCAGGCAUCGGCAAGACGCAGCCUCGAACUUCUUGAAGGCCAGAUCCGUGACGUGAUAGCGCCUCUAGAGUACGGGAAAGACCAAAUCAAGACAAGUUUCUUGAGCUUAGGGCUUUAUCACAACAUGGGCGUUCUGACAAAGACACAGUGUGACAAUAUUGAGAGAGGGGACAAGGAGUGGGCAGCACCUUCAGAUUAUGGCUUACUUCCGCUUGAAAAAUGGCUGGGUAGUUGCCUCCAAUACAACCAGCGCUAUUUUGAGCCGGAUAAUAUUGGUGGUUUUGAAUUCGAGGAGGCUGAUCUAGAAUUUGAACAACUUCAGGAGCUCGAGGCAGAGAAUAUCGCCCAAGACGAUAUUGAUCAUGAUUUCGAAUCUCUUCCUGGAAAUGGAUUCCCUAUCUUCCUAAAAGUUAGUGGCAAAUCUUCAGCUAUCGGGGAAGGACAGAUUGAACGUUGGCUGGAGAAUGACGAUAUGUGGAAGAUACCGCCUAGACAUCGCGGCGCAGUUUUCAAUCACAUGCAGCGCAAAGCGAUCCGCAUAAUGAACGAGAGAUUACGAGAACUGGCUGAUAGGUAUAACGAAGCUGCUUUACGCUAUCGCUAUGGAGGGUUUGAGAACAACGCAAUUCUCGUUCGGCAACAAAAGGUUAUUGGAGUCACAACUACUGGCUUGUCCAAAUAUAGGGCCUUGAUUGCGGCAGCAUGCCCUCGCCUCGUUAUGAUUGAAGAGGCAGCUGAGACGAUGGAAAGUCCUGUUACUGCAGGAUGUGUUCCGUCUCUUGAACAUCUCAUCUUGGUAGGCGAUCACAAGCAACUACGCCCUCAAUGUAGCGUGAAAUCUAUGGAGGAAGAACCUUUCAACCUAAAUGUAUCCAUGUUCGAGCGUCUUGUUGGGAACAAUCUUCCAUAUAACAUGCUUAAGCGACAGCGCCGUAUGAUACCUGAAAUCCGAAGGUUACUUGUGCCAAUCUACAGGAACGAGAUCUAUGAUCAUACAACCGUGUGUGAUCCAAAAGUGCGGCCCCCAAUUCCAGGAAUGGGUGGGAUCAACACGUUUUUCUACUCGCACUCGUGGCACGACACUGCUGACGAAAACAUGUCUUCCACUAACAUUCAAGAGGCAAAUAUGGUCGUGGGAUUUUACGACUAUCUGAUUAGCAAUGGCCUCACUGAGGACGAGAUCACCAUUUUGACCUUUUAUAACGGCCAACGCAAGCUACUGCUUCGCAAGCUCAGAAAUCAUCGUCGACUCAGACGAAUAGGAAGUGAACAGAACCGAAUUUUCAAAGUGUUCACCGUCGACUCUUACCAAGGCGAAGAGGAUGAAGUUAUUCUUUUAUCGCUAGUAAGGAGCAACGAGGAGGGCAACAUCGGUUUCACUGGUGUUGAGAAUCGCAUCUGCGUUGCGUUAUCCCGUGCAAAGCGUGGAUUUUAUCUGUUUGGCAACGCCGAGCUUCUCGCCAGUGAAUGCAAGCUCUGGGCUAAGGUCAUCGAAAUCAUGCUGACUAAUAAGUCAUCUGUUCAAGUGGAUGGUAAGCCCGUUAUCGAGACUCUUGGUAGAGUGGUCUUUCGAGUCCCAUUGCAGUGCAGCAAUCAUAACAAGAGAAUGUUCAUUGAGUGUGUCGAAGAUUGGGACAAAAUUGACGGCGGAUGUGAAAAGCCCUGCAAGGGCAUCCUUAGCUGUGGCCACCCAUGCACUCUGAAAUGCCAUCCGUUUGGCCACGAAAAGGCUCUCUGCCUUCAGCACUGUGCGAAGACUUUGGAUUGUGGCCAUCAGUGCAUUAACAGGUGUUGCGACAAGUGCCGCUGUCCAAUAUGUGGCAUCAAACAACCUGGUUUGCAUAAAAAUGACUCUGGCUUCGUGGCCAGUGAGUCCAUCGACGAUUCUGGAAGAUUGAAGUCCAGCCCAGAGAAGUGGCAAGAGUUUGCUCUUGGGGGUGUACAUAAGCAUGAUGCUAUCCUGGUAGAGACGCAGCGUAAGCGUUAUCGUGAGCAGCAGAUGAGGAAAUUUACUGCCGCAGUCGAACAAGCCGCAGCGGAAGGUCAAACCAUCUUACAAGAUGCGAGGGACGCAACCCUUUGUUCAAAAGUUGGACUUCAGUUGGCUGCUGCUUCGAAUCAUGAUGUCUCUCCUGUCAUCCCACCAUCACUCGCUGCUGAGGUGAAAGACUCAACGGCACUAUUUACACCUGAAAUGCCGCAAAAGGCGAAAAUCUCUCAUAGGGACCGCUUCAAGCGCUCUUGUCAUAUGGCUAAUCUAGGAGUUGCGGAGAUGGCUGCUUCAGUAAAUUAUUUGGCCACUGCCUGUGCUCCAGAGGCUGUUGGUAUUGCUACACGUCAGCUGCAACAUCUACAACCCAUCACCAAUGAUCAGAGUUCUUCGUGGAUCAGUACAUCUACAAAUGAUAACUGUCUGGUUCCAUCGCAGCCCUCGCAAUUGCUUCUCCACAAUGAAGAGCUUCUGAUUGACCUUAGCUGA